CGGUCGCGCGGCUGGAGUGCGGUUUGAGAGCGGGCGACGGGUGAGAGGAGGAGGAGGAGCCGCUUCUCGUAAUCGAAUAAGAGAAGCUGAGUUUAUGAAACAAAAUGGCUAAAGAAGAGAAGAAUUUUAUCAACAAAGAGAAAGAAGAUGAGAUGGAGAUUUAUGGUUAUAAACAAUGCCUUUGGAAGCUGAUUCUAGUUGCAAUUGGUGUUAUCUGCACUGGUGGUUUCCUUCUCCUACUACUUUAUUGGAUGCCUGAAUGGAGUGUGAAGGCAACAUGUACCCAAACAUCUCUCAAGGAGGCUGAAGUUGUACUACUGAGGACCACAGAUGAAUUUAAGACAUGGUUUCGGGCAAAGGUUCACAAAUUGCUUUCACCUGGAACUGAUCCAAUGGAGAAUUUGGAAUCCCAAAUAACUAACAGAAUGGAAAAUGGAAAUGAAAACGACACAAGUCUGCGCUCUAUCGACCGAAACAAAAUGCUGCUGCUAGGGAAAAUAGCAGAGUCUGAAGGAGUACUGGUUCGAUAUUUUGUACAUCACAGUAUAACAUACUUCUGGAACAGCUUCUUACAAAAUUUUAAAGACCUAAAGGGCCUGGCUGAGGGUGUUUCAUGGUCUGCUAUUCAUAGCCAACAUAGUAAAGGACUGAAUAAAGAACUUGAGGAAUAUCGGAAACUGUUUUUUGGAUUAAACGAAGUUGAAGUCAAAGUGCCCUCUGUUUUUAAGCUCUUAAUUAAAGAGGUGCUUAAUCCUUUCUACAUAUUUCAACUCUUCAGUAUUAUUCUUUGGGCUUUUAAUGGUUAUUAUUAUUAUGGCGUGGCAAUUGUUAUAAUGUCACUUGUAUCAAUAGUGACCUCUCUGCAUACCAUCAGAAAGCAAUAUGUAAUGUUGCAUGACAUGGUCGCAGCUCACAGCAUUAUCAGAGUUUCAGUGUGUAGAGCAAAUAAUGAAAUAGAAGAAACUUUGUCUACAGAUCUUGUGCCUGGUGACAUUAUGGUCAUUCCAACGAAUGGGACAAUAAUGCCUUGUGAUUCAGUACUGCUUAAUGGCACUUGCAUUGUCAAUGAAAGCAUGUUGACAGGUGAAAGUGUUCCUGUAACAAAAAUCAAUUUACCAAAUCCAAAUAAGAGUUUCAAAGGUCUAGAAGAAGACGAAAUCUACAAUCCAGAAAAGCACAAACGGUACACACUCUUCUGUGGUAGUACUGUAAUCCAGACACGCUUUUAUACUGGAGAACCUGUCAGAGCUAUUGUAGUCAGAACAGGUUUUGGUACUACGAAAGGACACCUUGUACGCUCAAUCUUGUAUCCAAAACCAACAGAUUUUAAACUUUACAGAGAUGCUUAUCUCUUCCUGCUCUGCCUUGUUGGUAUAGCAGGGAUUGGAUUUUUAUACACAGUUAUCAACAGUGUUUUGAACGGGGUAGGAGUUGGCACAAUCAUUAUUGAGUCACUUGACAUCAUCACUAUUACUGUUCCACCUGCUCUUCCAGCAGCAUUGACUGUUGGUAUUGUAUUUGCACAACGUCGAUUAAAGACAUUAGGCAUUUCCUGCACCAGUCCUCAGAGAAUAAACAUCUGUGGACAACUUAAUCUGAUCUGCUUUGACAAGACUGGAACACUUACUGAAGAUGGCCUGGACAUUUGGGGCAUACAAAGAGUAAAAGAUAAUAGUUUUUUGCCAUCUGAACAAAGUGUUUGUAAGGAAAACUUGGUGAAGUCACACUUUAUGGCAUGCAUGGCAACCUGCCACACACUUACUAAAAUUGAUGGAAAGUUAUCUGGUGAUCCAUUGGAUUUAAAAAUGUUUGAAGAGACUGGCUGGGUUCUUGAGGAAGCAACUGAGGAAGAAACUGCUUUACACAAUCCAAUCAUGCCCACUGUAGUUCGGCCUUCGAAACAACUCUUCCUUGCAAAUAAGGCAGUGAUAGAUCAUGACAUGGAAAUGUAUGACCUCCCCGCAUCAUAUGAAAUAGGUAUUGUAAGGCAAUUUCCAUUUUCUUCUGCUCUACAACGAAUGAGUGUCAUAGUCAGAGUGUUGGGUGAAAAACACAUGGAUGCUUACUUAAAAGGUGCACCUGAGAUGGUUGUUAAGUUAUGCAAGACAGAGACAGUUCCUCCAAGUUUUUCUGAUGUAUUGAAGAAUUAUACAAAACAAGGCUUCCGAGUCAUAGCACUUGCACACAGGAAAUUAGGGUCUAAGCUAACUUGGCACAAAGUGCAGAAUGUCAGCAGGGAUGUCAUUGAAAGCAACAUGGCGUUUAUGGGCUUUAUUAUAAUGCAAAACAAGCUAAAACCUGAUUCGUCUAGUGUUCUUGAAAAACUGAGAAAAGCCAAUAUUCGCACAGUUAUGCUUACAGGAGAUAAUAUGCUUACAGCAAUUUCUGUAGCCAGAAAUUCUGGGAUGAUUUUACCUCAGGAUAAAGUAAUAAUUGCGGAUGCUUUGCCUCCAAAAGAUGGAAAGAAUGCACAAAUACAUUGGCUGUAUGCGGAUAAUGCUCCAAGACACCUUGAUAUAUCCACUGCAGCUUCAGAGGCCAUCGACAUUAAAGCAGAAAAUGAGGGCUCUGGAGAUCUUCUCCAUCAGAUGAACCAUUAUCAUUUUGCAAUGGAUGGCAAAUCCUUUUCUGUUAUAAAUGAACAUUUUCAGGAUCUACUUUCAAAAUUGAUACUAAAUGGGACGGUAUUUGCUCGCAUGGCUCCAGAUCAAAAAACACAGCUGGUAGAAGCAUUUCAAAAUGUAGACUAUUACGUGGGAAUGUGUGGAGAUGGUGCCAAUGAUUGUGGUGCACUAAAGCGAGCACACAGUGGCAUCUCAUUGUCUGAAUUAGAGGCUUCCGUAGCAUCGCCAUUCACAUCAAAAACUCCAAACAUUGCAUGUGUACCAAACCUGAUCAGGGAAGGAAGAGCUGCUUUGAUGACAUCAUUCUGUGUUUUCAAGUUCAUGGCGCUGUACAGUAUAAUCCAGUAUCUAACCGUUACCUUACUGUAUUCUAUACUCAGUAAUCUUGGAGAUUUACAGUUUCUUUUCAUCGACUUGGCUAUCAUUCUAUCCAUUGUCUUUACAAUGAGUCUGAAUGCUGCAUGGAAAGAUCUUGAUCCACAGAAACUGCCAUCCGGCCUAAUCUCUGCUUCACUGAUAUUUUCAGUACUGUCUCAAAUUGUUAUCAGUGCUGUGUUCCAGACAACAGGGUUUCUUUUGGUGAAGCAACAAACCUGGUAUGAAGUAUGGACUCCAAAUUCUGAUGCCUGCAGUUCGUCAAAAUUGAACUUCACACUGGAGCACAAUGAUACGUAUCCUCACGAUGAAAAGAAUAUUAAGAACUAUGAAAAUAUUACGGUGUUUUUUAUUUCAUGCUUUCAGUACCUCAUUGUGGCUAUUGUGUUUUCUAAAGGAAAACCAUUUCGACAACCUAGUUACAAGAACUAUCCUUUUGUGGUCACACUGGUACUUCUUUAUACCUUUAUAUUUUUCAUAAUGAUUUUUCGAAUUGAUGUGAUUGAUCAAGCUCUACAGCUGGUUUGUGUUCCUUAUAGUUGGAGGUUUACAAUGGUCCUUUUAAUACUAGUAAAUGCAGUUGUCUCUUUCUUAACUGAGGAGAUCCUUGAUCGGAAAGGCAAGAGAUGCUUAUCGUUUGUCUUCUGCUCUAAUAAACGAAGACCAAAGGCCAAGUUUAUGCAUGUAGCCCAGGAAUUAUUGCUGGAUCCUGAUUGGCCUCCAAAGCCCAGAACAACCACAGAAGCAAUAGCAAAAUUCCACGAGAACAAUGCAUGCCAAAUAAUUACUGUAGAUGAACAAAAUGUACUUUGAUUUCAAUCAACAACACAAUAUUUUGACAUCAUAGUCUAAUAUAACAAUAAUGAGAAAGGGCAAAGUGAUUAGCCAAGAUUAUGUAAACUAUAUUUGAAGAAUUCGUAAUUUAGCAAUUAAUUCUACCUGUUGGGGUGUUGAGGGACUUCGAGGUUUUGCAGAAGCACGUUUUCAAAAAUAAAUUUGAGGUGGAGAUGAAGCAAUUUUAAUAUAUUUUUAAAAAUAAGCUUAAAGUAGUAUUGUUUUAAAAAAGAACAU